AUGACUGAUUUAUCACCCGUAGCUGGGCUCACGGCACCUAACACCGUGUUGAGGACGGGCAGCACGGAGCCAGCCGGCACCGCUACCGGCUCCUCUUCCCCUCCCGAGAAAGCCGGCAGCGUCUCCGGCUGCGCCCGGGCCGUUAAAAAGGCAAAGUUCGAUGGGCCCCAAGAGAAGUUUAACACCUAUGUGACACUGAAGGUGCAAAAUGUCAAGAGCACAACCAUCGCGGUGCGGGGCAACCUGCCCUCCUGGGAGCAGGACUUCAUGUUUGAGAUCAACCGGCUCGACUUGGGCCUGACGGUGGAGGUGUGGAACAAAGGGCUCAUCUGGGACACCAUGGUGGGGACGGUGUGGAUCCCCCUCCGGACCAUCCGGCAGUCCAACGAGGAGGGCCCUGGGGAAUGGCUCACGCUCGACUCCCAGGUCAUCAUGACCGACAACGAGAUUUCGGGCACCAAGGACCCCACUUUCCACCGUAUCCUCCUUGACACCCGCUUCGAGCUGCCGCUGGAUAUCCCUGAGGAGGAGGCCAGGUAUUGGGCCAAGAAGCUGGAGCAGCUCAAUGCCAUGCGGGACCAGGACGAUUAUGCCUUCCAGGAGGAGCAGGAAAAGCCUCUGCCCGUUCACAGCUCCCAGUGCUGCAACUGGAAUUAUUUUGGCUGGGGAGAACAGCAGAAUGAUGACCCUGACAGCACGGUGGAUGACCGGGACAGCGAUUACCGCAGCGAGACCAGCAACAGCAUCCCACCGCCGUACUACACCACCUCCCAGCCCAAUGCCUCCGUCCACCAGUACCCCAUGAGGCACCAGCAGCAGAGCUCCCGCGACUCCUACACCGACUCCAUGCAGAGCUACGAGAUGGACUACUCAGACCAGCGUCCCAUCAGCCCCACGGGGAGCAGCCGCUACGCCUCGUCGGCCGAGCUGAGCCAGGGCAGCUCCCAGCUGAGCGAGGACUUCGAGAACGAGAGCCUGCGGGACUCGGAGCUGGAUGAGCGGGACGGCGAUUCCUACCACUCCUGCCACAGCUCUGUCAGCUACCGCAAGGACUCGCCCCGCUGGGAGGAGGAGGACGAUGACCUCUAUCUGGAGGAGGAGGAAGAGGAGGAGGAAGAGUUCAAUGAGGACUACAGUGAGAACGAGGAAGGCUACCCCAAGGAGGAGGAGGAGGACCUGCGGGAGCAGGGCACCUACGAAACCCCGGAGCGUGAUGCCUACCCCCCACCGCAGAAAUCCCCUGGGCAGCAGCAGCAACAGGCCCAGCAGGGAGUGGAUGAAGCUCCCCUACAAGAGGCAGCCCCCGAGCCCGAGCCCCUGAAACCGGCUGAGAGGGAGCAGGCAGAGGUGGAGGUGCAGGACCCCAAAGCACGAGCCAAAGCCAACUGGCUGAGAGCCUUCAACAAAGUCUGCAUGCAGCUGCAGGAGGCCCGCGGGGAAGGCGAUGGAGAAGCUAAAUCCCUGUGGUUCAAAGGCGGGCCUGGUGGCGGGCUGAUCAUUAUAGACAGCAUGCCGGACAUACGCAAGCGAAAACCCAUUCCCCUAGUUAGCGAUUUGGCAAUGUCCCUGGUCCAGUCCAGGAAAGCGGGAAUCACAUCCGCGCUGGCCUCAAGUACCUUGAACAAUGAGGAGCUGAAAAACCAUGUUUACAAGAAGACCCUGCAAGCCUUAGUGUACCCCAUCUCCUGCACGACGCCCCACAACUUUGAGGUGUGGACGGCCACCACCCCCACUUACUGCUACGAGUGCGAGGGGCUGCUCUGGGGCAUCGCCCGGCAGGGCAUGCGCUGUGCCGAAUGUGGCGUCAAGUGUCACGAGAAGUGCCAGGACCUGCUCAAUGCUGACUGCCUGCAGAGGGCAGCGGAGAAGAGCUCCAAGCACGGAGCAGAGGACCGGACCCAGAAUAUCAUCAUGGUGCUCAAGGACCGCAUGAAGAUCCGGGAGCGCAACAAGCCGGAGAUAUUUGAGCUGAUCCAGGAGGUGUUUGGGGUCACCAAGACCACGCACACGCAGCAGAUGAAGGCAGUGAAGCAGAGUGUCCUGGACGGCACUUCCAAAUGGUCGGCCAAGAUCAGCAUCACGGUCGUUUGUGCCCAGGGCCUGCAAGCAAAGGAUAAGACGGGUUCCAGUGACCCGUAUGUCACUGUCCAGGUUGGAAAGACAAAAAAAAGGACUAAAACUAUCUACGGCAACCUGAACCCAGUCUGGGAGGAGAAUUUCCAUUUCGAGUGCCAUAACUCCUCCGACCGCAUCAAGGUCCGUGUCUGGGACGAAGAUGAUGACAUCAAGUCCCGUGUCAAGCAACGCUUCAAGAGGGAGUCUGAUGAUUUCCUGGGCCAGACGAUCAUCGAGGUCCGGACCCUGAGUGGGGAGAUGGACGUCUGGUACAACCUCGACAAGCGGACAGACAAGUCGGCUGUGUCGGGAGCCAUCCGGCUGCACAUCAGCGUGGAGAUCAAAGGCGAGGAGAAGGUGGCUCCCUACCACGUACAGUACACCUGCCUGCAUGAGAACCUGUUCCACUUUGUGACGGAUUUGCAAAACAACGGGGUGGUGAAGAUCCCCGACGCCAAGGGAGAUGACGCCUGGAAGGUGUACUUUGAUGAGACGGCGCAGGAGAUCGUGGAUGAGUUUGCCAUGCGUUACGGAGUGGAGUCCAUCUACCAGGCCAUGACGCAUUUUGCCUGCCUUUCCUCCAAAUAUAUGUGCCCGGGGGUGCCGGCGGUGAUGAGUACCCUGCUAGCCAACAUCAACGCCUACUAUGCCCACACCACGGCUUCUACCAAUGUCUCGGCGUCCGACCGCUUUGCCGCUUCCAAUUUCGGGAAAGAGAGGUUUGUCAAACUCCUCGACCAACUGCACAACUCGCUGCGGAUUGACCUCUCCAUGUACCGGAACAACUUCCCUGCCAGCAGUCCCGAACGGCUGCAGGAUCUCAAGUCCACGGUGGAUUUGCUGACCAGCAUCACCUUCUUUCGGAUGAAGGUCCAGGAGCUGCAGAGCCCCCCACGAGCCAGCCAGGUGGUGAAGGACUGCGUGAAAGCCUGCCUCAACUCCACCUACGAGUACAUCUUCAACAACUGUCACGAACUGUACAGUCGCGAGUACCAGACGGACCCGACUAAGAAAGGCGAGGUGCCCCCCGAGGAGCAGGGCCCCAGCAUCAAAAACCUGGACUUCUGGUCCAAGCUCAUCACCCUGAUAGUCUCCAUUAUCGAGGAGGACAAGAAUUCCUACACGCCCUGCCUGAACCAGUUCCCCCAGGAACUGAACGUGGGGAAGAUCAGCGCCGAGGUGAUGUGGAACCUCUUUGCUCAGGACAUGAAGUACGCGAUGGAGGAACACGACAAGCACCGCCUGUGCAAGAGCGCGGACUACAUGAACCUGCACUUCAAGGUGAAGUGGCUGUACAACGAGUAUGUCACCGAGCUGCCCUCCUUCAAGAGCCGUGUGCCCGAGUACCCUGCCUGGUUUGAGCCCUUUGUUAUCCAGUGGCUGGAUGAGAAUGAAGAGGUGUCACGGGAUUUCCUGCAUGGAGCGCUGGAGAGGGACAAGAAGGAUGGGUUCCAGCAGACAUCGGAGCACGCGCUCUUCUCUUGCUCUGUGGUGGACGUCUUCUCCCAGCUCAACCAGAGCUUUGAGAUCAUCAAGAAGCUUGAGUGCCCUGACCCUCAGAUUGUUGGGCACUACAUGCGAAGGUUUGCCAAGACCAUCAGCAAUGUGCUACUCCAGUAUGCCGAGAUCAUCUCCAAGGAUUUCGCCUCGUACUGCUCCAAGGAGAAGGAGAAAGUGCCCUGCAUCCUGAUGAACAACAUCCAGCAGCUGCGUGUCCAGCUUGAGAAGAUGUUUGAAGCCAUGGGUGGGAAGGAGCUGGACACAGAAGCCAGUGACAUCCUCAAGGAACUGCAGGUGAAACUCAACAACGUCCUGGAUGAGCUGAGCCGAGUCUUUGCCACCAGUUUCCAGCCGCACAUUGAGGAGUGUGUGAAGCAGAUGGGUGACAUCCUGGGCCAGGUGAAGGGCACCGGCAAUGUCCCUGCCAGCACUUGCAGCAGCGUUGCACAGGAUGCCGACAACGUCCUGCAGCCCAUCAUGGACCUCCUGGACAGCAACCUGACGCUCUUUGCCAAGAUCUGCGAGAAGACAGUGCUGAAGCGGGUGCUGAAGGAGCUCUGGAAGCUGGUGAUGAACACGAUGGAGAAGACCAUCGUCCUGCCCCCGCUCACUGACCAGACGAUGAUUGGCACGCUCUUGAGAAAACAUGGCAAGGGGACAGAGAAGAGCAGGGUGAAGCUGCCCAGUCACACUGAAGGCACGCAGAUGAUUUUCAAUGCAGCGAAGGAGCUGGGGCAGCUCUCUAAGCUGAAGGACCAUAUGGUGCGGGAGGAAGCCAAGAGCCUGACCCCAAAGCAAUGUGCAGUGGUGGAGCUGGCGCUGGACACCAUCAAGCAAUACUUCCACGCCGGCGGUGUGGGGCUGAAGAAGACAUUCCUGGAGAAGAGCCCCGACCUGCAGUCACUGCGCUACGCCCUGUCCCUCUACACCCAGGCCACUGACCUCCUCAUCAAAACCUUUGUGCAGACUCAGGCUUCACAGGUUCAUGGUGGGAAAGGUAUUAGGUUUACCCUUAGUGAAGAAAUUUAUCCUGAGAAGGGCUCUGCUGUGGAUGACCCUGUCGGGGAGGUGUCCAUCCACGUGGAGCUCUUCACCCAUCCUGGCACUGGUGAACACAAAGUCACUGUCAAAGUGGUGGCCGCGAACGACCUCAAGUGGCAGACGUCGGGCAUCUUCCGGCCCUUCAUCGAAGUCAACAUCAUAGGGCCCCACCUCAGUGACAAGAAGAGGAAAUUUGCCACCAAAUCCAAGAACAACAGCUGGGCCCCCAAGUACAAUGAGAGCUUCCAGUUCACGCUGGGGACGGAGACGGGCCCUGAGUGCUACGAGCUGCAGGUGUGCGUGAAGGAUUACUGCUUCGCCCGGGAGGACCGGACAGUGGGCAUCGCUGUCCUGCAGCUCCGUGAUAUCCUGCAGCGACCCGGCUGUGCCUGCUGGCUGCCCCUGGGCCGCCGCAUCCACAUGGAUGACACCGGCCUCACUGUCCUCCGCAUCCUCUCCCAACGCAACAAUGACGAGGUGGCCAAGGAGUUCGUCAAGCUCAAGUCGGACACACGCUCGGCUGAGGAGGGCAGCAGUUAA